AAAGUGGCUCUUCUUAACUCACACAACAACCUAACAAAUACAAACAAAGAGUGAUAUUAUGACUUGCAGCCAAACACUCGCAAACAACAACAAAUACCAGAUCUGCGAGGAGAUCGGCCGUGGCCGUUUCGGCACCGUCACUCGCGUCUACGCUCCGGCCACCGGUGAUUUCUUCGCCUGUAAAACCAUCGACAAGGCCUCUCUCUCCGACGACCUUGACCGUGCCUGCAUCGACAACGAGCCUAAGCUCAUGGCUCUCUUGUCGUACCACCCGAACAUCGUUCAAAUCCACGAUCUCGUCGACACUGACUCGACUCUCUCUAUUUACAUGGAGCUCGUUGAUCCUUCCGUUUCGAUCUACGACCGUCUCGUCUCGUCCGGAACCUUCUCCGAGUCUCAGACGGCUUCCUUCGCCAAACAGAUUCUCCAGGCGCUUUCGCAUUGUCACCGGUACGGCGUCGUUCACAGGGACAUCAAACCGGAGAACAUUUUGGUAGAUCUACGGAACGAUACGGUUAAGAUCUGCGAUUUCGGCUCGGGGAUUUGGCUUGGGGAAGGGGAGACGACGGAAGGCGUCGUCGGAACGCCGUAUUACGUGGCGCCGGAGGUUCUGAUGGGGUACUCGUACGGAGAGAAGGUGGAUCUGUGGAGCGCAGGAGUCGUUCUGUACACGAUGCUCGCCGGAACACCACCGUUUUACGGAGAGACGGCGGAAGAGAUAUUCGAAGCGGUUCUGAGAGGAAACCUGCGUUUUCCGACGAAGGUGUUCAGGGGAGUGUCGUCGAUGGCAAAAGAUUUCUUAAGGAAGAUGAUAUGUAAAGACGCUUCUAGAAGAUUCUCAGCAGAACAAGCUCUGAGGCACCCAUGGAUUCAAAGGGCAGGGGAAGCAGAGGAGGAGAGAUUCAUCUAAUGAAAGAUUCUCUCUUGUGUGUCUGUGGGGAGAAUCAAAAUAAAUAAAUAAGAGUAGCAGAAUGGGAGUGAUAGCUUAUCAUCUUUCUUUUAUCUAACAAGUACGAGAAGUGUCUUUGUGUGUCUGUGUGAGUUGUCUUCGGCAUAUGUAAAUUUUGGCUUUUGGGGCCAUUGUAGAUUCCGCCUACCUACCCUAAGAAGACUCUGGAAAACGCAUAAAAAAAAAAAGGAGCUGAAUAAGUUGAUGCCAAAGCUUGUGUGUGUGGCUUCUUCUGUUUGAGUUUGGCAAUGAGUUUUUUUUUCUUCCUUUUUGUGAAUUUCGAAGGCUUUUUGAUAAAGUCUUAAUUAGGAGGGAUUGUAGACGGUAAUGUAGAGGAUAACGAUCUUUUUCCGCCUUUUACGGGUUUUUUUUUCCAUGUGGGUGAGUAAAAGGAUGUGAGAAUGCAGAGUUGUACUCUUCUUUUUCUACUUUUAAUCAAAUAAUAUAAGCUUUUUUAUGUAUU